AUGUGGAACGCUCUCUUUGGCUCGGACGAUGACAUGAUGGACCCGACGCAGGCGGGCAGCGCCGCCAAGGUCAUCUACGGCGCGGGCGAGGAGCCAGACGCUAUGACGAUGCUCCUUGGCCGGCUCACGACCUUGCUCGAGCGCCUAGGCGAGGCCGAGCAUGCGCGCAAGCUGUGGGAAGAGAAGGCCCGAAAGCUCGAGACCGUCAACCAGAAGCUCGCGUACGAGCUCGAGUACAGCACGGAUGCAGAGCUGCGAGGUCGCAUUGAAGACCUUACGGCCAUGAACACAGCCCUGACCACCGUCAAGGCCACGCUAGAGAAGGAAGUCGAGACCAAAGAAGCCCGAGUGCAUGCACAGGACGCAGUUGUGAAGGAACUCGAAGCCAAAGUCAACGAGCUUGAUGUGAGCCAUGCUGCUUGCGUUGCUGAGCUCGACGAACUUGUCGGCACGAAGGAGGAAACCGACCGUGAGAUCCAACGCCUCUGCCGUAGCUUGGAUCAGAAGGCCGUCGAAAUCGCAGCGCUGACCAGCGACAUUAAGGCCUCCGCUGCAGCUCGCGACGAAGAGCGCGCGGCCCUUGAAGCUGCUUCCGAUUCGGACAAGGCUUCUCUCAUCGCCCAGUACAACCAAGUCCAAGAGGAAGACCGGGUCAAGCUGGCGACGGCUGCUGCCGAAUUGGCCGAGCUCCACGCGACCGUCACGCAGCUCGAAGCUCAACUGGCCUCCCUUACCCAAGUGGAAGCCAGCCUCCGCGAGUACCUCGCGCAGGCGCAGGCGCACGUAGGACACAUGACCACUGAGCUCAACACAGAGAAGGCCAAACUCGCGGACGCCCAGAACAAGAUCCAUCGAUUGGAGAUGGACCACGCAGCCAUGAAGCAGCUCGAGUCGACUUGGAAGGAGGACGCGAUCCGAAAACUCACGGAGCAAGUUCAGGGCACGCAGGACGAGCUCUCGCGCAUGAUGGAGCUGAACAUGGAGCUUACAGAGCGCAACGCGCUUGAAGACGAGCUCGAGGGCUGGCGCACGACCGUUGAUGCCAACAAUGCUGUGUGGAUGACGUCACUCGAGAAGGAGCAGGCCACUGUGCGGGCCCAAGCUGAACACAUUGCGCAACUCGAGGCCGCGGUGAGCGAACUUGAAACGGCGUACGACGAUCAAUCGGACAGUCUCCGCGCGCAGAUGCAAGCGCUCGAGACGCAAGCCCUCGAGUGGCGCCAACGUCUCGAAGCUCAGACCACCGAGUGGGUCGAUGUUCAAGCAAAGAUGGCUGCGGCGCACGCCGCCGACAUUCGCGCCCGCGACGACGCACACGCCGCCCAAGUCGCGUCGCUUCGAGACACGAUCGCCUCGAUUCAGCUGGCAAAAGACAAAGAGGUGCUUGCUCUGCACGCGGCGCUCGUCCAAGAGAAGGAAGCGCUUCGCGCCCAACUUGACGUCGCGCUUGCGUCUGCGGCGUCAGAAUCGGCGACGGCCGAGCUCAAGGCGGAAAACGCCCAGCUUCUCGAGUCCAUAGCUUCUAUGAAGGAGGGCGAGGUCCAGUGGCGCGCGCGCGAGGCCAGCAUGGAGGCGUCGCUCGAGGCUAUGGCCAGGCUGGCAAGUGACAAUGCGUUUGCCAAGGAGCAGGAGCACGCAGCGUCGCUGGCCGCUCUGAAAGAUGAGCUGGCAUCAAGUGUCGCGGCGCACGAAGCGAAGGCUGCUACGCUUGAGGAGCAAAUUGCGAACACGCAAGCUUUUCUCGAAGAGUGCGAAGAGGCGGCGCUCGAAUGGGAGCGCAAGCACGACCGUGUGUAUGACGAUCUCCAGACCUCGGUAGCCCACAGUCGCGCGCUGACCGACGCCGUUGCGGCGCUUGAGGCCGACAAGGCAGCUGCUGCAGCCCACGUUGCGGCACUAGAAGCCGACGCGUCCACCAAAGAUGAAGCACUUACCGAGCUUCAAGCGAACCUCGCAUCAUUGGUGACGUCCCACGAAGCUGCUGUCGCAGCCCUGCAAUCUGAUUACACCACGCAGCUCUCGGCUCGCGACAUGACGAUUGACGAGCUCAAGUUGCGUAUCCAGACGUUGGAGACCAACCAGAGCGCGGUCGACGACCUCGCUGCAGCUCAAAGCAAGGCCGCGAUUGAGAUCCGGGCACUCCAGACCGAGCUUUUUGCGGCCCACGAAGAAUGCGAGCGGCUACGAGCGGCGCUGGCGACGGCCGAUGCGACCAAGUCGGCAGCAGAGGCGGCGAUGGCCGAGGCGUUUGAAGCAGAAAAGGCACGGCUGCUGGGUAUGCUUGAUCAGGGCAAGCAGGCAUUCCAAGUGCUCAAGACCAAGCACACGCAGAUGCUCGACGAGUUCCGUGUCGUAUCGGACGAGAAGGCGACGCUGUCGUCCGAAACUCAAGCACAGCUCGACGCUGCGCAGCGUGUCUUCGACGCCGAGAAGCGUCAGCUGCAACACGAGCUCGCUGCGACGCAAAAGAUGCUUUCGGACGUGCACGCAUCGGCCAAUCUCUCGAACGAGCAGCUCGAGGAGCACAUCCGCGAGCUGCAGCACCAGAUGCAUCUGCGCGAAAACAAGUUCGAGUCGGAGACCGAGGAUCUCCUCGAAGAAAUCGCGAGCCUCAACGGCCAACUCACAGACAUCCAAGUGCAAAACAACGUCCUCUCGGCACGUAGCCACCGCCUCGCCCGCGACUUGUCCCAGUUUAUGGACCUUCCGCCCGAGGACGCCGUGUUGAUCGCGAACCCCAACACGCCCAACCUCUGGGAGCUUCUCGCGACGGGCAUGGAGCAGCUCAAGUCAGACCUCGAGGUCGCCAGCACGUAUGCGUCCAACCUGGACCAAAUGGACGGCAACGACAACCUUCAGGACGCCACGUUCAGCGCCUUCUCGCCCUCGAACGCCAGUCAAGAUCUCGCAUCGUCUUCGUACCGCGACCACGAGCCGAUGCGCACUGCCGCCGUCCAGUAG